AUGAUGAAGCAGCAUCAGCAGCUCCUCCUCCUUUCUCUAAUGUUUCUCGUUGCUGUCGCAGCAGCCGCUGUUGCUGCCGAUCCACAGCCACUGCCACAACAGGUGCAGCACCAGCAGCAGCAACCACAGAUGAGGAUGAGGAUGAGCAGCAGGGCCAGAUCCCUGCUUCAGGCGCCAAAACCAGACUGCCCGUCCAGCUGCUCCGUUCGCUGCGGCAACAACUGGAACAACGAGAUGUGCAACAAGAUGUGCAACGUCUGCUGCAACAAGUGCGGCUGCGUGCCACCGGGGACCGGGCAGGAAACCCGCCACCUUUGCCCCUGCUACGACACCAUGGUCAAUCCACACAAUCCACACAAGCUCAAGUGCCCGUGA